UGGAGGAGACGGAGCCCCUCAUGGCGCGGUUCCCGGCUGACCUCUGGAGGCAGGGAUGCGCGCCCUCCCACGACGCCGCCGCCGCCCACGUCCGGGGCCUGGUGGCCCUCCUCCUGAGAUACCAGGCGGAGAGGCGCCCGCUCCUCCAGAUCCACGCCCAGCUCGUUGCCCGCCAGGUGUUCGACCGCCGUCCCACGCCGUGGCACGCGCUCCUCAAGGCCUACUCCCGCGGCCCUCUCCCGCAGGAGGCACUGAGCCUCUUCAGGGACGCGCGGCGGCACGCGGCCGACAACACCUACGCCUUCGUGCACGCCCUCGGGGCCUGCGCGGCCCUGGCGUGGCCGCGGGCUGCCGUGCAGCUGCACGGGCUUGCUGUCCGGAAGGGGUUCGAGUUCCACGCCUACGUGCACACCGCCCUCGUCAAUGCCUAUGUCGUGUGCGGGUGCCUGGCGGAUGCUCGGAUCACGUUCGACGAGAUGCCGGCCAAGAAUGCGGUUACUUGGAACGUGGUGAUCACCGGGUUUGCUGCGCGGGGCGAGGUUGAGUACGCGAGGCUGCUUUUUGAGCGGAUGCCCUGUAGGAAUGUUGUCUCGUGGACCGGGAUGAUUGAUGGGUACACGCGCUCCUGUCGCUCGGUAGAGGCCAUUGCUCUCUUUCGCCGCAUGAUGGCAGAAGGUGUUGAUCCAAGCGAGAUAACUGUGUUAGCGGUUGUACCUGCGGUAUCUAAUAUUGGAAGGAUUCUUUUGGGUGAGGCCUUGCACGGCUACUGUGAGAAGAAGGGUCUUCUUGUGUUGGAUAUCCGAGUUGGUAAUUCGCUCAUAGACUUGUAUGCCAAGGUUGGGUCUGUACAGAACUCACUGAAGGUUUUCCAUGAAAUGCUGGAUAGGAGAAACUUGGUGUCAUGGACAUCAAUAAUUUCAGGUUUCACAAUGCACGGGUUGUCAACUGAGGCUGUUGAACUGUUUGCAGAGAUGAGAAGAGCUGGAAUCAGGCCUAACAGAGUCACCUUCUUGAGCGUUCUCAAUGCUUGCAGCCAUGGUGGGCUGGUCGAGCAAGGAGUACAGUUUUUCAAAAGCAUGGUGUCUGAAUACAGUCUAACUCCAGAGAUCAAGCAUUUUGGGUGUAUCAUAGACAUGCUAGGGAGGGCUGGACGGUUAUAUGAGGCCGAGCAAGUAAUAAGUGGUCUGCCAAUAGAGGUUAAUUCAGUCGUGUGGAGGACACUGCUGGGUUGUUGCAGCAAGUAUGGGGAAGUGGAGAUGGGGGAGAGGGCAAUGAAGAAGAUACUAGACAUCGAAAGAGAAUCUGGAGGUGAUUUUGUGGUGGUAUCCAAUAUGCUCACUGAGCUUGGAAGGUUUAGUGAUGCUGAAAGAGCACGGAAGCUAGUAGAUGAGAUGAAUACUGUUAAGGUUCCUGGGCUUGCUUUGGUUGGCGAGAGUCAGUUUCAUGAAAAAAUCCAGUUUUCUUUCAGCAUUGUAAUGAUGGAAGCCAUAAAGAAGCUUCAUGGCCAUCUCAUUGUUUCUGGGCUGUACAAUUGCCAAUAUGCAAUGUCUAAGAUUCUCAGAUUCUAUGCUAUCCUACAACCAGAUUUGGUUCUUGCUCAUAAAGUAUAUGGGCAGAUUGAAGCGCCAACAACUUACCUUUGGAAUAUCAUACUCAGGGGGCUUGCUCAAAGCGAUGCACCAGAAGAUGCAAUCGCUUUCUACAACAAGGCUCGAGGAAAAGGCAUGGAGCCGGACAACCUGACGUUUCCGUUCGUAGUGAAGGCUUGUGCAAGGGUUGGUGCUCUUAAUGAAGGGAAACAGAUGCACAGCCAUGUACUGAAGUUCGGGCUUCUUUCAGAUAUCUUUGUUUCCAAUUCGCUGAUUCAUCUGUAUGCUGCCUGUGGUGAUUUGUGCUGUGCAAGAUCUGUUUUCAAUGAGAUGCCAGUUAAGGAUGUGGUGUCCUGGAACUCUUUGAUAUGUGGAUAUAGCCGGUGCAAUAGAUUGAAAGAGGUUUUGAAGUUAUUCAAGUUGAUGCACGAUGCAGGAGUGAGAGCUGAUAAGGUCACUAUGGUCAAGGUUGUUUCUGCGUGCACUCGUCUAGGAGAUUGGAGCAUGGCGGAUUGCUUGGUUAGAUACAUAGAGGAUUACUGCAUAGAGGUGGAUAUUUACUUGGGCAAUACUCUGAUAGAUUACUAUGGCAGGCGUGGUCAGCUCCGAUCAGCAGAAAAGGUUUUCUUUAACAUGAAGGAUAGGAACGCCGUGACACUGAACGCAAUGAUCACCGCAUAUUCAAAAGCUGGAGAUCUGGUUUCGGCAAGAAGGUUAUUCGAGGAAAUUCCUGGCAAAGAUCUGAUCUCGUGGAGCUCUAUGAUAUCUGGCUAUUCACAAGCUAGUCAGUUCUCUAAUGCUUUGGAGCUCUUCAGGAAGAUGCAGAGAGCCAAGGUGAAACCGGACGCGAUCGUGCUUGCAAGUGUACUCUCCGCCUGCGCGCACCUAGGCGCUCUCGAUCUCGGCAAGUGGAUCCACGACUACGUGAGGCGACACGGGAUCGAAGCCGACACCAUCCUGCACAAUUCUCUGAUCGACAUGUACGCGAAAUGCGGAAGCACCAAGGAGGCUCUGCAGGUCUUCAGAGAAAUGAAAGAGAAGGACACCCUAUCAUGGAACUCGAUCAUAAUGGGGCUGGCGAACAACGGCGCCGAGGAGGAAGCCCUGGGCGCCUUCCACGCCAUGAUCGCCGAAGGGUUCAGGCCGAACGAGGUCACCAUCCUCGGCGUGCUGAUCGCCUGCGCCAACAAGAAGCUCGUCGAGGAGGGGCUCGGCCACUUCGAGAGCAUGAGGUCGGUCCACGGCGUGGAGCCGCGGAUGAAGCACUAUGGCGUCGUCGUCGACCUCCUGGGGCGUGCCGGUCGGCUGACCAAGGCGCUGAGGUUCAUCGCCGAGAUGCCCGUCGCUCCUGAGCCCGUCGUCUACAGGAUACUGCUGGGGGCGGCCAGAACGCACGGUGAUUUGGGGAUCGCCGAGGUGGCCGCCGAGAGGCUCAGGGAGCUGGACGACGGGAACAGCGGGGACUACACGCUGAUGAGCAAUGCGUAUGCGGGGGCUGAUAGAUGGGGCGACGCCAUGGAGGUCAGGCAGCGGAUGGAAGAUAGUCGUGUGAGGAAACCGCCCGCUUGCAGUGUCGUGGACUGCUGACCCCGCUAGCUAUAGAGUGAUGCUCGGGUCCAUGGACCGAGAGAAUGAUGUUAAUUAUUCUGUAGCCAAUUUUGUCAUAACGAUGUGAAUAAUGCAAAGCCAGAAGAAAGGAUGCACGCCCGUAGGCACAC